ACGGCAACUAGGGGACGCCAUGUUGGGAGUGGCAAGAGCGCGGGUGCGGCCGCUGAGGCGGCCAUCUUGAGUAGGAACAUGAAGACAGCCUUAGAGAGAACAGAUCGGAAGUCUAGCGCUUAAUGGCGGCGCAGUGUGCCUCCAUGUUGGGAGUGGCGGGUUUCUGGCCACGACCGGCGAACACGCAGGGAGAAGGGGGUGCGGGAGGGGAGAAGUGAGCACGUGACCGCUGACGUGCCCAGCCCCUUCGCCAAACGAUCGCGCCGCUCUUUUGCUGAGCCUCCUUGGGGGACCGCCCCUCUGAACCGCACUAGCCAAGGCUUCCUGACCUCAACCCAAUCACCAUGACAUCUCCCCUGUGCUGGGCAGCCGCGACUGUUGUGACUAGCCAGGAGCAAGUUUCAGCGCCCUCUUCCAAAGGCAAGGGCAGUAAGGUUCAGGGCCACAGAGGCAAGGCUUUGGGCCGGGCACAGGCCUGGCCUGCACAGCGAAACAAGGCGGGAACCUCCUACCAUUCGGGGAAGUCUUCUGUGCACGCUCAGGUGCUUGAGUUACAAAGGAAAAUCCAACUGUUAGAGGGUGACCGGAAGGCCUUUUAUGAGAGCUCCCAAUGGAACAUGAAGAAGAACCAAGACACCAUCAACCAGCUCCAAGAGGAGACCAAGGCUCUCCGCAUGCAGCUAAAAGACAUGCUUCAGGGAGAUUCUAAAGUGGUCCAGGCAAUCAUUCAGGAAUGGAAGUCAGAGAAGCCGUACCUGAAGAACAGGACUUGUGAGCAGGCCCUGGAGCACCUGGAGCACCAGCUGAGGGAGAAGAUGAACCAGCUGAAUGCCUUACGGCACCAGGUGACGCUGCGGCGGAAGCAGCUGGAGGGGCUGAGGUUGCAGCACAGCCUGCGCCAGCUGGAGAUGGCGGAGGCCCAGGACAACAACACAGAGGCCGCCAAGACCAUGCGCAAUCUGGAGAACCGGCUGGAGAAGGCCCGGAUGAAGGCAGAGGAAGCGGAGCACAUUACCAACGUGUACCUGCAGCUCAAGUCUUACCUCCAGGAGGAAAGUCUCAACUUGGAGAACCGGCUGGACUCCAUGGAGGCCGAGGUAGUGAAGACCAAACAUGAGGUGGUGGAGCUGAAGGUGGUGAAUCAGGAGGCCCUGAACGCUCGGGACCUGGCCAAGAACCAGCUGCAGUAUCUGGAGGAGACUGCGAUCCGAGACCGCAAGAAGCGCGAACACUACAUAACCGACUGCAAGAAGCGGGUGGAAGAGAAGAAACUUCAGACUGAGCGCAUGGAGCGCAAGCAGACGCAGCGAGAGCACAUCCUGCUGCAGUCAGAAGAUACGAUCCAGGACUACCAGCGCCACAAGGAGGAGGAGCUGAAGCAGCGCUGGGGCAUGUACCAGAUGGAAGUGAUGUUUGGCAAGAUCAAGGAUGCCACUGGAGUGGCUGAAUCACAUGCGGUGGUACGAAGGUUCCUGGCACAGGACGAGACCUUUACGCAGCUGGAGAAUCUCAAGAGGGACAACGAGCAGACGUUGGUGAGGUUGAAGGAGGAGAAGGAGCGGCUCCAGAGCGAGCUGGAGAACCUCAAGUACUCAGGGGACGCCACACUGGUUAGCCAGCAGAAGCAUCGAGACCAGAUGCAGGAGACGCUCAAGACGGAAGAGCAGCGGCGUAACAACACCCAGGAGCAACUGGAUCGCACCUUGCGAACCCUCGAGUUGGCCAAGGACUGCUUGGAGCAUCUGACCAACAAACUGAACCACGUGACAAUGGAUGAUAGCCUUUUGGCAGGAAAGAAGUUAGACCCGGAUGCAGAGGACUACGUGUCCAAUCUGCUGGUCGUUUUCGAGGAAAAGAUGCUGAAACUGCAGGGGCAGCUAGAGACCCACGACGUGCCAGAGAUGCUGCGACACAUCACAGAACGGGAGUUCCUGAGCACGUUAGAAGGAAGACUGCCCCUCUACAACACCCGCAUCGUCCUGCCGGUCUCCACCCCCAAGGACAAGUUCUUUGACGAAGAGGAGAGUGAGGACGACGACCGUGAUGUGGUGACCCGCACUGCCUUCAAGCUCCGUUCCCAGAAGUUAAUCGAAGCCCGCAGCAAGAAGCGCAGUAGGUCGCGCAGGUCCUAGACUCGCAGUCACGUCCCAUCGGACGCCUCCAGGCCUCUAGGGAGCCCUCCGACCCUCCGGGCCCACUUACCGGUGUGGGGGAGCCCGUGAGGCGCCUUCAAGGGCUGAGGGAGGCUCGAGCAGGGAGCACCGCUGGCCAGCAGCGCCCGGAGGAGAGGAAAGGCCGAGCCAUAAGUUCCCACAGUAAAUCUCUCAAGUCGGGUUAGAGCCAGCCUCAGAAUCGCGCAAUAAAGGUCACUGACCAAC